UAAAAUAUAAAUUUAUUUAUUUCCAUAUCCUACUAAAAAGUUUAACCGGUUAUUGUUUUAAAGUGAUACAUUGAAUAUUAUUGAACAUUAAUGCAUUUCGCGUUUAAUAUCGGCUGUGAAGAUAAUGAAUAAUUAGUGUUAUAUCUAUACAUACGUAUAAACUAUAACUAAUCCGUAUUAAUAAUUCAAAGCGAUUUAUAAAAAUGAUAAAAAAUUUAUUGUAAGCUAAAGUGAAAUUAAAAUGGACAAUUCUAAUAACAUCCCUGCAUUACUAAAUAAAUUAUGCGAAGAAUUGACACUUAAACAAGAUGCCAUCAAGCCAGCUGAAGCAUAUGAGUUGGCACUCUCUUAUAUGACUUCAAUAAAUGAGCAGCAUUCCAUACCCGAUGAGAAGAUUCUUUGUCAAAAAAUACAUUCCCGUUUGAGCACUGUCUCUGGUAGAGAUGCUGACAAGUUUAAUGAGUUAUUUGCAAAACUAAAAAAUACUUUUGUUUUGAAACAGCCAGUGUCUGUUCUUUCCCUUUUAUUGGCUCUCUCUGAAGCACCCCAGACUACAAACUCAACACAACAACUGUUUCCUGUGCCAAAUUUGAGUGUUAUUAACUCUGCUGCGGCAUUUACUGGAGCUAGCUCUAGCAAGAGCACUGUUGGAUCAGCCAGUUGGGGAGUUAACACACCUAAACAACAAAAUUCCAAUCCAAGUAUUUCUACAAAUAACAGCAAUUUAGUGAUAGCCACACAAUCAUGCAAUCAUGCAAAUGAACCCGCAUGUGUAAGAGAUGCCGUGUUAGCAGCUACGGGAGUCAAAGCUAGGUCAUCCUGCAAUUGGUCAAGACCGGUGCAAGUACUGUAUUCAAGAAUAGCGCAUCUGGGUUUUUUGCAUGAUAAACUUAAGGAUUUUAUUGAUCCCGCAUCAGUUUUUACACCGCAAGGUCUGAUGGUGGAAGGGUUGGUUGCAGCUAUAAGAGAAGAAUUAACGGAAUAUUAUAGAAGUGUUGCCUUACUCCAGUCUCAGGUGUGUGAAAGUGAUGGCGGAGGUGGGACGCUUCGUCGUGUUUCCGUUUGGGCCCAAGAUCCGUUGCACAGAUUACAUUGGCUCGCAACCAUUGUGCAUAGUGUACAACACAAAAGAGGUGGUGAAUUGGCAACGUGCGUACAUAGGUACGUACAUCAUGGCGACGAACGCGUGUCUGCGCUCGCAAGGCGAUUGUUGACUUCGUUAACUUACCCACUACUACUGAUGCUGACACGAUGGCUUUUACAUGGAGAAAUCGACGAUCCGUACCACGAAUUCUUUAUCGAAAGCAGAAAUGGAGUACCAAUUGAUAGAAUGUGGCAUGACAAAUAUAGAGUAAGAGAAUGGAUGGUCCCAUCGUUCAUGUGCCGCGAACAAGCCGCGCAGAUAUUGGCUACGGGCAAGAGUGUCGUGUUUAUGCGUGAAGCGUGCGCAGAUCUACCUGAUCAAUGUGACACGUCACCGGACCAUGCGAUACAUCUACAGAGUUUAUUGGCUGCCCAUACUAGGACAGGCAGCAGUAACUCGGAAGUAGCGUGGUGGGAGGCCGAGGGCCUUCGUGAGGGUGUUGAAACGGCCCAUUUGAUGGCCUCCCAGCGUCUCUUGGCCGCUUUAACGACCCAUCAUCACCUAUUGGAUCACCUUGCUGCCCAUCGCCGCUAUCUAUUGCUCUCUCAAGGCGAUUUUGUUCAUCACCUGAUGACGUUAUUGCAGGACGAAUUAAGCAAGCCAGCGACAUCCUUAUACGUACACAACUUGACGUGUACGUUGGAGGCGGCCGUGCGCGCGACGAACGCACAAUACGAGCCACAGCACGUUCUAUCAAGGCUUCAUGUCAAUUUAUAUCCUAAUUGUGACGGCCGCGAAGACAGCGGUUGGGAUGUGUUCGCACUGCAGUACCGCGUGGAUGGACCACUGGGAACGUUAUUUCCCGCCACCUGUGCGGCCAGGUAUCGAGCCUUGUUCACACAAUUGUGGCGAGUGAAACGCAUCGAGUACGCCCUGCAUGACGCCUGGCGCGAUCAUACGAUAUUGCAGAAGCGGCUCAAGGCGAUGCCUGAGGUAUGGAGUCUAAUGCGUCGUGUAUCAUGCUUACGGGCCGAAGCUUUGCGUCUUUGCGGAGCCCUACAGGACGCGAGUUGCGAGGGGGCGGAGCCUGCGUGGGUGGAACUGCUAUCCGCCGCUUCUGAGGGCCACCAUCUUGAUAGGUUGUUGCAGCUCCAUCAUAAUGCACUCGACAGACACUCGAUUCAUGCAAUGAUACAUCAUAGUACACAGGAACUUCAAUCAUAUCUAGGUAAUGUCCUGAACGAAACAUUGGCGUUGCGAAGUUUUGAGACGACCUUGCAUACAGGGAUUAAUACGGAAUUGGAAAGACGCGAACGAUACGAGGCCCUCAAAGCUGAGAGGGCUGCAAGAAAUGAAUUCGCCAUCACCUGCCCUGACGAAGCACAGGAUAAGGAGAGGAGGAAAAUAUUUAUUCAGUUUUUGGCGAGUAGGAAAGCUGAUCUCAACGUCUGGGCUCGUUCAUAUCGAGGUCACGUGACAACAUUGAUCCUGAAACUGGCGCUUCAUCAAGAGGUCUCCCUUCAGACCCUGGCCUUCCGACUGGACUACAGUGACUUCUACAAGCGAGGCGAUGCCAAACUACACGAACCUUUGACGUAUCAGCACAAACGUCUCAGCGAGAUGGGACUCCAUUUAGCUAAGACUAGACUCCUAGACCACACCAAGAGAAAGUGACAAGAGGCUGUGGAACCAUCCACUGGAUUUUUUUGCACAAAGUGGAUUGGUCUCGGAUGUGUUUGGGCCGAGUAAUGUGAUGGACUUUUCUCUCACUCUGAUUAGCUAUAGGUCAUAGGGUUUUUGUCCUAAUAUAAGGCCUUACUGUGUGAAAAUAAACUUUUAAAAAAACCAGUUAAAAGAUUUUGUUAAGCCUUGUACCCUGAAGGUUUUUCAUUAAAAAAAAACUAACUAAAAAGGUCCAGUUAAAAUGAUAUUUUAAAUAUUAGAUUUUUAGUUACAUCGUCAUCUCGGAAUAUGAUAAAUUUAAAAUACACCUUUGUAAAAUUUUAAUGGAAUCCAUUUAAUUAACUAAUUUUUAACUUUAAAAUUGACACCAUUUUAUAAUCCUCAGUUAAAAUAAUCGAGGCACGAAAUAGUUGUAAUGUUUACUCUAAGUUUUGUC